AUGACUGGGCAAGUAGCUGAAGAUACAUCUGAGUCUCCAAACCUAAACUCAGAUGAGCUGGAAUGCAAGAUAUGUUACAACCGAUACAAUUUAAGACAGAGAAAACCAAAAGUUUUGGGCUGUUGUCACAGAGUAUGUGCCAAAUGCCUGUACAAACUUGUGGACUGUGUGGAGUCUCCACAAUGUGUGAUCGUAUGUCCAUUUUGUAGGUUUGAGACUCGACUACCUGAGGAUGAGGUUAGUAGUCUCCCUGAUGACAACAAUAUCUUACUUAACCUCACAUGUGGUGGCAAAGGAAGGUGUUCUGGAGACAAUCCUACAGAGUUGCUUCUAACACCAAAACGCCUGUCAACUCUAGUCACUCCAUCACACAGUUCUACCAACUGCCUUGUGAUCACCAUAAUGGAAGUCCAGAGGGAAAAUUCUCCAUCCCUCAAUGCUACUCCUGUGGUAGAAUUCUACCGGCCUUCAACAUAUGACCCAGUCUCAAUGCCUCAGAACUGGACAGUGUGGAAUUGUACAUCACUCAUCUGCCAAACCUCAGUACGUGUCUUUGUUUGGUUGCUAGGACUACUUUACUUUAGCUCGUUGCCUCUGGGGAUCUAUUUGCUGGUAUCAAAAAAAGUAACCCUUGGGGUUGUCUUUGUAAGCCUUGUUCCUUCUAGCCUUGUUAUACUUAUGGUAUAUGGCUUCUGCCAGUGCGUAUGCCAUGAAUUUUUGGAUUGUAUGUCCACGUCCUGA